GAAGGAGGGAAUAAGGGAAGGAGGGAGAGAUGGUGGGGAGGGGAGGAGAGGCAGCCUGUUGCUCAUGAUCAUCGAGCAACCUCCUCUUACUCCACAAGCCCGGUGCCUGUGCAUGGAUGGAGCAGAGUUAAAGCGAGGCAGCAGCAGAAGCUGAAAACACAUUUCAUAUUUCUCCUUCAUGUGCAUUCUUCUCAGCACCCUCUCAGCAAAUGAAGAACUGCUGAGGAACUGAUUCACGAGCACAGUGUCUUUCUGUGUAAGGUAUCUGAGAUACAUAUCCUAAAGUGUCAUCAGAGCAGGUCGAAAAGGUCACGGUUCCACCUGCAAUACUAUUUCCCAGAGCACCAGUGGGUACACAAAGAGAUCUUCAGUCAGGGCUCAGACUCAACAUAAACUGAGUGAUGGAUGUGCUUUGAAAGUGUCACAGUGUGAUGGUGGCAGUUUGAGCACAGGGAUGUAAGCAGACCAGUAAAGAUGACCCUGUUGGCGGGUGAUGGCUCCGACUAUGACUACAGUGCCCUGAGCUGUGCCUCUGAUACCUCCCUCAACGCACCUCCCCUGCAAGAGGAGGAGGCUCAAAAGGGGGCCUUCUACAAGAGGGCGCAGCGUGCCCCUGAGCUCAGCACCAUCCACGAUGACACACUGCUAUCCAGCGCCCGUAAACUCCACGCCAUCAUCAAUGUGGGUGGCCUGCGUUACCAGCUGCCUUGGACCACCUUAGAGGACUUCCCCCUCUCUCGUCUGGGCCAGCUGCACCUCUGCAGCAGCUUUGACGAGAUCAUGAGUAUCUGUGAUGACUAUGAUGUUACACACAAUGAGUUCUUCUUUGACCGCAGCCCCUGUGCCUUCCGUACCAUCCUGACCUUCCUGCGGGCGGGUAAACUGCGAUCCCUCAGGGAGAUGUGCGCCCUCUCAUUCAGGGAAGAGCUGCUCUACUGGGGCGUCCCCGAGGAGAGCCUGGAGUGGUGCUGUCGCCGGCGUCUGCUGCAGCGCGUGGAGGAGUUUGAAGCGAUGGAGAGAGCAGAGGAGGAGGAGGAACUCCUGGAGGAUUCAGACAGUGGCCACAAGGAGAACGCAGCAGAGUCCAGAGUCAAUCGGUGCAUGGGCAAGCUAAGAGACAUGGUGGAGAGGCCUCACUCAGGCCUCCCAGGGAAGAUCUUCGCCUGUUUGUCAGUGUUGUUUGUCACCAUCACUGCCAUCAACCUAUCCAUCAGCACCAUGCCUGCCAUGAGGGAAGAGGAGGAGGCGGGCACAUGUUCCCAGAUGUGCUACAACAUCUUCAUAGUGGAGACGGUGUGCGUGGCCUGGUUCUCUCUGGAGUUCACCCUGCGCUUCAUCCAAGACCGCAGCAAGCUGACCUUCCUCAGACAGCCCCUGAACCUGAUAGAUGUGGUGGCCAUCCUGCCGUACUACAUCACCCUGGUGGUGGACAGCACCUCCAAAGGUGAGAAGCGGCUGGGCUCUGGCAGCAGCUACUUGGACAAAGUGGGCCUGGUGCUUCGCGUCCUCAGAGCCCUGCGUAUCCUCUAUGUGAUGCGGCUAGCUCGCCACUCACUGGGCCUGCAGACUCUGGGCCUGACAGCGCGCCGCUGCACACGGGAGUUUGGACUGCUCCUCCUCUUCCUGUGUGUGGCCAUCGCACUGUAUUCCCCCUUGCUGUACUUGAUUGAGAAUGAAAUGGCAACCACAAAGGAGUUCACCAGCAUCCCCGCGACCUACUGGUGGGCUGUCAUCACCAUGACAACAGUUGGCUACGGGGACAUGGUGCCAAGGAGCAUCCCGGGCCAGGUGGUGGCUCUGAGCAGCAUCCUGAGUGGGAUCCUCCUCAUGGCCUUCCCCGUCACCUCCAUCUUUCACACCUUCUCGCGGUCCUACGUGGAGCUGAAGCAGGAGCAGCAGAGACUGCUGCAGAGGAGGACACAUUUUCUGCUGCGGAGCCGCAUGGCAGGCCUGGGCAGCAACCUCUCCUUAGAGAGUGAUAUGCUCUUCCCUAUAGGGUCUGACACCAGAGACAUGGACGACUGAGACUGUUGGACAGGGACGGACAUGUAAACUGGGAGUAUAACAGAGAGAAAAAGAGGGAGUCUACAAAAGAGACUGAAGGUGUGAAGAGAGAAAGAGAUAGACAGGGGUGAGGAGGGAUAUACAGAUGUGUGGAGAGAGAAGUCUCUAUAAACAAGAUAAAGAGGAAAUGGGAUUUUUUUUCUUCCCAGAAAUUUAGCCUUGCUGUGUAGCAGUGUACUUUUGGAUAAAGAGAGGAUUAGUAUUCGUAUUGAAUAAAUGUUCCCACCAAAAAGUGAAUUAUCUCUGGAUAAAAUUCUUUAUGGUCACAGAAUAUCAAUUUACAGAAAAAAAAAACACAACAAACCUCAAAGUAUUCGAGCAUAACAAUGAUUAUACACAUACAACAGUCAUAAAUUGAAAUAUAUUGUAAUUCAGAAUGAAAUGUGUUACUAUAACUACAGCACACGAGCACAGCGUCCUUAUGAUCCCACAACAUCGUGAUGUUUUUAAUCCCUGAUUUCUCCAAACAUUUUAAUGGAUUUGUUGAUGUCAUGUGCUCCUGGGAGUUCACCAGUGUCCCUUAAUGGAAGAUGCUCUCUGCUUUUGUUGAAUCCCAAAGGUUAAAUGGAAGUUCUAUCUAAGCUAAAAAUGUGACCCUUAAUCCACUGAUUAUUUUCUGAAUGAGUGUGCAGACUCUGAAAAUGAUGUUUCGUCAGGAUCCACAUAAUAAUUAUGAUGUAUUAAUUGUCCUUCUUCUACUCCUUGAGGUUCUAUAUGCAAUUUUUGAAUACUUUUGGACAUUGAAGAUAGCAUUAUUGUGCUUGUAAUUUCUGCAGUUGCUGUCCAUAGCUGUUUAUAAUUAUUAUUUAUCUCCUUAAAGUGGAUUUAAACUGAAA